GAGCUGCUGGCGGAGGUCGAGGCGGAGAAGCGCGCCAAGGGCAAGAAGGGCAAGAAGAAGAAGAAGGGCGGCGGGGCGGGCGUGGCUGGGCCGUCGCAGGAAUCUGAGGAGGGUACCGAGGCGCCGUCGGAGGCAGACGCAGCCGAGGCGGCGAAGAAGGCCGAGGAGGAGAGGCUUCUCCUGCUUCUCGAGACGCUCACCGAGGAGAGGAUCCGGUUCGGCAUCACGGCGGAGAGCCAGGCGGCGGCGUCGGCAGAGGUGGCCGAGGCGGCACGCUUGGCCGAGGAGGCGGAGGCGGCGGAGGAGGAGGCGGAUGCGGAGGAGGAGGCCGAGGCGGUGGCUGAGGCGGCGGAGGCGGAUGCCGAGGCUGCACAGGCGGAGUCCAGGGCGGCGGAGGAGGCGGCUGAGGCGGCGCUGGAGAAGGCCACGGCGGCGCUGGAGGAGGCCAAGGCGGCGCGUGAGGGGCGCGAGGCGGCGCGAGAGGAGGCGGCGGCCGCGACAGAGGCGAGGCGUGCUGCUGCAGUCGCUGCAAGGGCCAGGGCGACCGCCGCCAGGAUGGCAGCGGAGGCGGCCCAGCGCUCAUAG